UGCCGUGGAAGUGUUUGCCAUUGAACUUGAAAUCGCGCGGUGGUAGAGCAAGAAAACCAUUCUAAGUGGAAAAUUCUACAGCAACGAUAAUCUGUACCAAGAAUGCAAUGAAUCGCCACCGUCGUAAUCGUUUAAGCUGCGAGUGAUCAUCGCGUCGACGACUAUCGCUCGAAUCGAUGUCAUCACAGGUCCGGGCCGAUUUUCGACGAAAAUCUCGCGGUUAGGUUGCGCAAUUAUCGCUACAAACAGCGUCGCGAAUAAAGACCGAUGUCACGAACUGCGCAACUCGCUCAAAGUCCUUUUCCUAAGAAAAUCGAUGCAUUCUUUGAAUGUUCGAAAUCCUCGAAUCAUCGAUAAUCUUGCUUUGCGUCUUCUUUUCUUUCGUUGAAGGAAUACCCGCCGAAAAAGAAAAGAAACGCGACGAAUUAAUGCAGCGUGAUCGAUGCAACGGCACAGACGCAGCUUGGCGCAAUGUGCCCUCGCUCAUACCUCGAUGCACUUAAGCACCGAUGAUAUACGACUCGUAUAAAAAUUCUAUGCCGCUACGCGAACGUUCCGGACAAAAACAAUAACUGAAAUUUAUGGAGCUGUUUUCCUUAUCGGUCAUGAAAUCCCGGUUGCAGUUUCAUUGGAAUUUGUAGAUUAUCUGGUAGAUAAAACGUUCGAAAGAUUGUAGGAAUGCACAAUGCUUGGAUUUAAUGAUUACUGAGAAAUCAAAUCGCAAUUUCGUUGGACGUCCUUGAAGAUUCAUACGUAUUUGUCGAAUGCCCUUAGUCAGCUUUUUUGGCGAUCUUAUUUAAUACAAUUGAGGGGUGUGCAUCAAUAAGGAGGCAGUUCCAUUUUUUAAAAUUCUUGGGAAAUUAAAACAAAACAUUUUAAAAUUCAGAUUUUUGAAAUUUUCUUUCUUUUUAUUUUUCAUAUCAUAGCACAGGUAGCUAUGCUAAUCAUGAAAUUAUGUCGUUCUGGAUUCCAUCCUUUCUUUUCUGAGUGGUGGAGGGAGGAUUAAUGUUUGGACCUGCCCCGUUGUCGAGGCAAGAGAACAAAAUUUUCUUUCAAACACAUGUUUACUUGAUUCUUAAAACAAUUGGCAAUACAAAAAAAACUAUGCAGGAUACAAAAAAUCGUAAAAUUAGUGCAAAAUUCAUUCGUCUUCCUGCUCUAUCUCCGUCAAAUCGACAUCAUCAGUUUCCUAAUGACCGGAGCUGUUUCCUCAUUGCGUCUCGAAGAAAAGGAAUUUUUUAAAACCGUGAUUAUAUUCUAAUCUCAAAACCAUAAAAAAUGGAGCUGCCUCCUUAUUGCAGCACACCCCUCAAUGCUUCAAUUCUGGGGAGACAUGUGAUCACAGCUUUAUUUUUAGUAAAAUUGAAUCAUAGAUUUUCAAUGUCCAUCGUUUAUAGUUAAUACUCUUCAGUAUACGUAAUCGUUCGUCCCUUUGUACGAUCCCUUUCCGCUAUUCUAAUCGCCCAAACAACCACCCCAACAAAUUCCCUGCGACCUGCGGCGUUCGUCUUCUGUUGGAGCUAUCUGUUGCAAAGGGUUUCGCGUAAAUGCUCGGUGUACUCCUAACGUACCGGAACGGAGCGCAGAGUCGGCCAUCUACAUUUAUUUCCUCGUAUAGGAGCGGCGGGCACAAAUAUCAAUCAGUGGAGUCAAGAGUGGAAUCAGGGUGGCCGAGUGGUUCCACAUAAUGCUGCAACCGGAGGUGAGAGAGCGUUGCACACCCCGUGUCUCGUGUCCAUUCGCUGGUGGCUGUGCAGUUACGACACGCGGACGGGGCCACGCUACCCUCCUGCACCCACACCUACCCCCUGGAAAACGAAUAAACACGUCCGUCGGCUACGUGCAUUCCACUCGUGCACGGAACCGAGCCAGUACACUCUGCGACAAAAUUGUAAAUCCCCAUAUUAUUUUUACUUCACAGAAUUAGUAAACCUAAAAGUGUUUAGCGUUAAAAAAGUACCCUGUAUAUAACGAGGAUUAGCUACUUUAAAAAAAAAGUGAAAUAUAGUUUCGUUGCUCUAUUGAUGUAUACCUAGAAGAAUACUUAUUCGUUAGAUUUUUAAGAGUUUAUAAUAGUAUAGAUUGAGUGGAAAUGCUGACGUUUUGCUUUAUACAUAUUUUAGGAUUUCCUUAAAAGUUCAAAUAUUAAGAAUUAAUAAAUGUUUACACUAAAUAUACAGAAUGGGAUAAAAUGAGGAUAAAUACAGUAAAACUUCGAUUACUGAACGAAUCUAAAAAUCAAUUCGGGCGUAAAGGGGUUGAACAUCAAGUAUCCAGUUAUUGGUAGUAUACAUCAUUGUAAUUGUUACAGGAUGACAAAUGAUUUAGACAUUAUUAGAACUCUAUCUUUGGACUCUUAAUCUGUAAGUGUCCUAAAUGAAGGGAUGAAAGUUAGAGCGAAAUUAGCGAUCUUUCUCCUUAUUCCGAAAAAUCUUUUCGCUUAGUGAAUUACACACAAAAGUCAAGAGUUUUCAUCUUUUAACUCCCCUCUUCCCUUCACCUCAAAGGUUACUUCUGCCCUAUCAUUUUCUUACAUCUGUUUUUCAUAUGAAUAGGUAAGAUUCUUGGAAAAAAAUGUAAGGCCUCCCUUUUUAUCUCAAAGGAUCAGAGAUAAGGAAAACGAACAAAAGAUACUCAACUUUUUAUACAUCGUCAGAUGAAUUAAAAAUGAAGUCAUAAAAUAAAAUCAUGUUUCUAGUUCAAUUAGAAUCAUGCCUGAUCUGUUUAACAAUUCACUUAAAUUGUCAGUAAUGAAUUAGUAAUACACAAGGAGAUGAAGACAAAGAGGGUCGUUGGAAAACAGGAGAGACAACGUUUGAUGUUAAUCUUCUAUUGCCACCCAUUAUCUAUAUUUUUGAUCUGUGAUUUAAUCUUAUUAUCAAUUGUGGUCUUAAAGUAAUAGUAUGGCUUACGAUCUGUUUGCAACAACUAUUUUGCAAUUUCCCGCACGUGGACAGAUAUCGAUAAAUAUAUCGAUUCAUCACUAGUUUUAUUGAUCUUUGCAGUUGAUCCGACCUUAAACAAAAUAAUUAAAAAAGAACUCAGGCGUCAAAAUUUUACUUUCUCACUCUAACCUACACAUAUUUUUAGUGUUGCUAGAUGAUAAGAUAAAACAAUAAAUUAAUAAUGUAUAGAGUUUUGUUCCGAGUCGAAAUAACAUCAAUUAUGGUGCACUGAGGUAUAUAAUUAAAUAUAUUGAUGAUAUAAAAAAAAAAAUAAUAUACAUGUCGAAUUGAGUAACCUCUUCGUUUUCGAAGUCGGUUAAUAAAAUGAUCUUUAAGAAUGUAUAAAUAUCUCAGUGACGCGUAUCUACGUCAUCCAAAGCGAAGGUGUCUCAAGUAGAAUUUAACUCAUCUCUGCUAGGAAAGGACCAACUUCCGUCCAGGAUUAGAGAAAACAAUCCGUGUACGCCGCGACAGUUUCAAGAAAUACCGAAAAUCCAGGGGGUGUUCUAUCAUUUUGUCGCGGAGUGUAUGCGUCGGUGGUCGGGUAGCGUGCGGCAGAGGCAGCGUCAGCUCCGGGGAGUCGAGCGUUGGACUGUGUGGCUGUCGCGGUAUCCAAAGCGUGGCUCGGUGUGCGGCAUCGGUGCCCAUGGAGAGUGGUUUCGUGGGGGUGGAGUAGGGACGAAGGAGGCGUGCCAUGGAGGCGGAGACUCCAUCGAAAAUCCCAGCGUGCAUCCAGCGUCUGUGUGGGUGUUCCUGCUCGGCGGUUUGUCUCUCCUCUCUCUUUCUCGCUCUCCACUGGAACGCUCGGGGCUCGUGUGCGUUCUCUCCCCUCUCUUUCUCUCAGUCUAACUCGCGACUUUCGGCCGUCAUCGCAUGGGAGUUCCUCCGCUAUCAGACACCGUUAACAGCAGUCGGCGUCGAGGCAUCCGCUAUAACGUCUCUUACAUCCCCGGGUGACGGUGCCUCGACCGUUCCUGACCUGUUCGGCCGAUGGGCCGCCCGGAAAUCAGUGUCCACGACACCCGGAAGCCAAUUUCACGCGCUGCGAGGACCUCUUUAUCAGCGAACACUCUGCGAGCUCGUGUCUCCGACGUCGAUCGAAUCGAGAGUAUCAGCGCUAGGACUCGCGAAUCCUUCGGUGAUUCGAACCAGUUGCCUCAGAGAUUUAUGCUCGACGGAUUGGACUGAGUGACGGGUCGGUCUUCAUGGCAAGGAACGAGGAUCUUCGUCGCGGAAUCCCGAAGAGGAAGUGUCAGUGACAAUUGGACUUCAGAUAGACGUGUAUUAUUGUUUCGUUGCUGUAAAAAAAAAAAAAAAAAAAAAAAAAAAAUAUAUAUAUAUACGUGGAAUGGUUUACUGACACUGCGGUGGUGUAGCUUGUCGCGCAGGGAGCGAAUGUCGUGUACAGUGGGGGGAGGAUUGUCUUGAAGCAAAGUGAUCGAACUGUCCCGAGCACGAUGAUGGAAGUGCAGCAGCAACACUCGCCGGUCGGGGUGGGUCCGUUGGACUUUUCGCGAAGAGGUGUCGCCGAGGCGUCCGCUUUUCGCGUUGUCAAACCGAAGCAGACCGCGUCUUCGUUGGUGCAUCAGCAGGCGUUGUCGCCGGAAGCGAAUAACAACGAGCAUCUCCAGGAGAGCCAGCAGAUUCCCGUCGAGGCUGAAGGUGGCUGUAACGUGCGUUUGAUGUUCCCCAGAUUGUGGGCCCCCUUUGGAAACGCUACAGAGGUCACGAACUUACCACCCUUGCACAAGAGUCAUUCAGAACGACUGUCGUUCGGAGUGGGUCGGCUUGUGGGUUCCCCGGCAACGAGUCCCUCUCCGUCGCAUUCUCCCUGUCCAGAUUCGCCGCCGUCGGAUCGACGAGACGGCGAUGUCGACGUCGACGUCGACGAGGAGGAAGUGGACGUGGACGUCGAGGAAGUCGAGGACGAUCGCGACGCCGCGUCGAGUCCGCCCCGAUCGUCGACGACGCCCUCGCCAACGAGCACCGCGACGUCACCCGCUUCGAACCCGCCCAAGAAGUCUGGCGACACUUUCAGCGUUUCCGCCCUGCUCAGGCCUGAUCCGCCAUCCGCACACCUGCAGAACGCCUCUCCUCAUCGGGACACAGCGUCAAUCGGCGGGCACCCGCCGCCUCCUGGUUCCACGAUGCUCUAUCCGCCCCUUCAUCUUCAGGGUGGAUUGCUGCCGCCCCAUCCCCAUCAUCCUCUCUCGUACCUGCACCCUCAGCUGCUGCCUCAUCAUUUGUUACCUCCGCACCUGCACCCGCUGCUACGAGGCGUUCAUCCGGGUCACCCUGGUCUGCACUCGACCCACACGGCGCACGGGCUUCAUCAUCCUCAUCCUCUCGGCGACGUUUACAGCUGCGUCAAGUGCGACAAGAUGUUCAGCACCCCUCACGGCCUCGAGGUGCACGCAAGGAGGUCACACAACGGGAAGAGACCCUUCGCCUGCGAGCUCUGCAAUAAAACCUUCGGCCAUGAAAUCAGCCUUACGCAACACAGAGCCGUGCAUUCCGCGGAGAAGGUGUUCGAGUGUAAGCAGUGCGGUAAAGCGUUCAAGCGCUCCAGCACUCUGAGCACUCAUCUCUUAAUCCACUCGGACACGAGGCCGUACCCUUGCCAGUUUUGCGGGAAGAGAUUCCACCAGAAGAGCGACAUGAAGAAACACACCUACAUACACACCGGCGAGAAGCCGCACAAGUGCCAGGUAUGCGGCAAAGCGUUUUCACAAAGCAGUAACCUGAUCACGCACUCCAGGAAGCACACUGGGUUCAAGCCCUUCGCUUGCGAGCUUUGCGGUCGUGCUUUUCAGCGAAAGGUUGACCUGAGAAGGCAUCGAGAGACCCAGCACGCCGAUCUGAACGCUUCCCAACGACCCGCGAUCGGUGCCAUUCCUGGACAAAAUUCUCUGCCCAAUGGCAACCCUUCUAUGAUGCAGUGAAGGACGCUCGAACGAUAUUCGAAUAAACAGUGAACCUCACCCUCCGAGGGGGCAAGUUGAGAGCGUAUGUAUCGGAACGCGCGAAACGUUCCUUUUGGUGCAAUCGACGAACUCGUUGGACGUCGAUAGAUCUCGCAUCCCUUCGUCGUCGAACGUGAACGCGAACAUUCCGUUGGGAAGCGUGUACAUCGACUUUGUACAUUGAACGGACUCUAUAUUUAUUAUUUAAGCGUCGAACUACGGAAGGUUCGACAGACGAACGCAAGGAGUAGCUGGCUCAUUUUUUACCCAUGAUCAGAUUUUUACUUGUGAAGAAGGGAACAGGAAGUAUUAAGAAAUGUUCAGAUAAAAUUUGUUUACCGACAAGCAGUUUAGGGUCUUCUAAUCAUGCUUUGGUAUCGAAGAAAACAUUUUUGACCCGUUUAGAUUUCCAACAAAAUGGAAAGUGUUCGAACACGUGUAAAUCAUUCCCUCAAUUUUAAAAUGUUGCAGCACAAUUUUCUUUUUUGAAUUACAUUUAUUAUUCAUUCUCUAACUUCAAGAAAAAUAUUCUCUUCCUCUUCUUCGUCGGUGAUAAUUUUAUUUAUGAUUCAUUUUCUAAUUUCUUCUAAAACACUUUUUAUUUCGAUUCAUCAUUCGAUAUAAUUAAAAAAGCAACCGUGACCAAUGUCUUAUAAAAUUAAAUACGUUUAUAGUUGCGUGCAAAAGUGUUUGGACAGAUAGAUUUUCCACAUUGUAUUCCGAAAGCGAUAUCACAACUUGGUACAUAUACAUAUAGUUCCGAAAUAGUAAAUAGAGUUUAUUUUUUUACACUGUUUUCUUUUAAUUACUAUACUUUUCUACCUAAUAUAAGUUAACCUCUUGAUGGACAUUGACACAUGCAUAUACAUUAAUUUUCUGAGUUCUUGUGUAUAUUAUCGCGUGAAAAUAGUUAUUAGAAACUAGAAUAGUUAUUACAAUUUAAUUUCCAGUGUUAUAAUACAACAACAUCGUCACGAGAUUGAUAGAUGUUCUAGAUAAAUAUUAACUGGAAAUUUUGUUUAUUUCUAAUAAAGUAAUUCGUCACUCAAGAGGUUGAAAUUACUUUAGAUAUCACUUUCGGGAUAUAAAGUGGAAAAUCUAUCUGCUCGAAAGCUUUUGCACGCCACUGUAUAUCACCUUCGGUUGACUUCUGACACAAUAUAAGUCCUGGUUUACAAUUUUCACGUGAAAUAUGGGUAAAAAUUGACCCAACUCCGCUGGCGGACGAUUAAUUUGGCUGCAUAGAAUGCAACCAAAGAUUCCGUAAUGUUUUCCCUGCGUGGAAAACGAACGUAAGACGCGCGUAAAUGAUACGCAUUAUUGUUACCAAAGCUGUACAUUCCAUGCGCGAUUCGAGCAAGAAAGUAUGGGACAGAAUAAAAUUUUCGACGAUCCUUUUUCUUGGGCGAAGCACGAUAUUACUCAUCGACAUUGUUUCCGCGAUUUUUCGGUGAAAUCGUUGUAGAGACUUUUUAGCGGAUCUUCGAAUGAUUCAGAAAGUCGACGAUCGAAGAAGUUUCUUUGUUUCGAGCGUCGCUACUCUCCGUAUUGAAUCGUUUGUUAAAUACCGAUAAUCAAUCACUGUACUUCUCUUAUUAAGUAAACGUUUACACGUGGGUUUUCGCGACGAUUGAACGAGUUCUAAAUUAAAUCACGCUACCGAAUUGCACUUUAUUCGAGCCUUCUUGAAUUUGACAAACUGUUACGUUACAUCGAACGUGGCGAAAGUGAAUCUAAUCUCACGGCUCCGGUUUGAUUUUCAAGAGAGCGACGAAUUUCAGUUAAUACUCGUUCGAUCGUCGUCGAUCGACUCCGUGUAAGAAAGUACGAUCAAAGCGUACUGUAUUUUGCAUAUCUCCCGCACCUAUCGUUCAAGAAAGGGCAUCUCCUACCCCAAAGUUGCAACUGUGACCAAAAAAUACUUGUAAAUAAAAUAGCACCGUAUCUCGCCUAGCCUAAGCGUAUAAAUAUAUACAUAAUAUAAAUACGAGUAUAAAUACAAAACGAGUCGAGGCUAUAAAUAUUAUAAAUAGAGACGAAACACGCGUUAGAGGGCCGAUUUAUUCCAACCAGAGUGGCGCAACGUCCCUGCUCCCACCGGAAGUCUCGCCAAAGAACAAGUAAUUGUAUUCUUCCUCUCUUCUCGCUACCAAAGUUUUUAUUGUUGUACCAUUACUAUCAUUAUGUAAUUAUUGUAAUUAGAAGACUCGCUAUUAAUAUUAUUGUCAUUAUUACUAUUAGUUAUUAUUAUUAUUAAUAAAUGCUGUUACAAUUUGUAAUUCAUUCUCAGUGACACGAUCAAUCCCUUUCAUUCGAGAAAAUACGAUCAUCGACGCACUGGAUCGAGCUGCAAGUCAAUACGCAAGAAUUUCGACGAAGUUUAUAUCAUCGUUAUCUGAAUAAAAACAGAAUUUAU